UAAUUUUGAAGUAUAAUUAUCGAUUACGCAUUGUAAGAAUUUCAAAUUAAAAACUUACAAUAAAUUACUACUUAAAAUAACAAGUGCAGAUGUUUAUUUUUCAGUUCACGUGACACACACUUUCAAGGCGCAGAAUCUAAACUAAGGUGCAACAAACAAAGAGACGAACGCAUAUUCCUUCAAAACAUUUUGGAAUAUAUUGGCUGUGAUCAUUCAACAUUCCUUUACAUAUAUAUAAAUGUCUACUCCUCAAAGAUCUCAGAGAGAACUUGCUGACUGUAUUAACCGUGCUGCGCCUUUAGAUGAUAUCAGGAUUCUAGUGGCUUGUGGAGCAAAAGUAAACGAACCCGUGACCCAAGGCCUUCGUCCGUUGCACUAUGCAGCAUAUCAACGUUAUACGGAAGCGAUGAAGUUACUUUUAGUAAGAGGAGCCGAUCCUAACGUAAUGGAUGACGCCGGUUAUACACCUCUUCAUCUUUGUGCAGAGAGAGGUUAUUUGGAUCUGAUGAAACUUUUAGUAAAGCACGGUGCUAGAGUAUGCUUUACCAAAGUCGAAAGUAAUGAUAAACCUUAUGGCAAUCCUCCAAGAGCCUCGCCAGCUGACGAACCUUUGAGAUUAGCUAUUAAAAAUGGUCAUUAUCUAAGUGCUUAUUACCUUCUACAAAAUGGUUCCGAUCCCAAUGCUCGUUAUUUUCUGGGUUCCGAGAUCAAUCUGAUUAGUCCACUUAAUCUGAGAUUUCUGGAGUUACUACUCAGUCACGGAUCGAAUCCUGAUGCCAUGGAUCGCACUGGAUUAACUCCAUUAAUGAAAGCUUGCAGACACCCCGAAGGGCUCGAUGCUGCUUAUUUAUUACUAAGUUACGGAGCGGAUGUUAAUGCCAUGUCACCUCCUCACAACGAUUCUCGAACUGUCCUUCAUUACGCUGUAUUGAGCGGAAAUGUGAAUAUAGUCAAAAUGGUUUUGGCACACGGUUCGGCUGUUAGAUAUGCACCCGAUUAUCACAAAUCUACUCCUUUGGAUUUUGCUGUUUUGACUGGAAAUAUAGAUAUUUUAAAAUUGCUCAUUGAAGCAGGUGCCGAUGUGAAUUCUGGUUCCGAAGUGAUUGGAUCGUCUUUACAUAUUGCUGUAGCCGAAAAAAUAGAAAACAAACUGGAAAUUAUUCAAUUGCUUUUGGAAAAUGGCGCUAAUCCUAACUCUGUGUCAGUAUUCAGCGAAGGACCGCUGUUAAGACCGCCUUUAGCUGAAUAUUUUAAUGCAUCCGAACAACCCAGUAUAGAGUUAGUUAGAAUAUUGCUCAGAUAUGGUGCUCGAGUCAUUUUAAAGCACCAAUUUCAUCAUCCUUUAGGAAUUUUAAAAACUAUUCAUCGUCUCCAUUUAGGAUUAACACCAGAAGUACUCACAUUAAUACUAGAAGCUGCAGAGGAAUUCAGUAUUGGAUCUAUCCGUCGUUCUCUUAUGUUAUCUGACGAUCACAAAGAACUGCUAUUGCAACGCGCUCUUACACCUUCCAGCAUGAAGCAUUUAGCUCGUUUGGCAGUCAGACAUCUACUUAUAAGUGGAAGAAACUUGCCACAAACAGUGUUACAAUUACCUAUACCAGAAACCUUAAAAACGUAUUUGUUGUUUGAUCCUUAAAUUGUAGCAAAUCGCGAAUGUUUUUUUCCUGUAUAUGAA